CGCAUGACUUUUGCAUUUUUAUGGUUACUUCAGUUUUUCAUCUUGUGCGCGUUGUGCGUAAACCUGAAUAUUCUUGCUUAAAGCGCGCCUCAUCUUCUGUUGUUUUUAAUUCGUGCAAUAUUACUUGCAGUCACAUAGACAAAUCGACCUAAAAUGGAGGUCUUUUUAAUGAUAAAACGUCAAAAAACAACAAUAUGUCUUGAUGUUAAAGAAACAACACCCGUAAUAGAAGUUAAGAAAAUGCUGGAGGGGAUCGUAAAGAAAAGUCCUGAAGAUUUACGUCUCAUUUACAAAGAUAGCAGUCUAGAAGACAACAAAACUAUGGCUGACUGUGGUUUAACCAUGCAAUCAACAAAAGCACAAACGCCAGCACUUUUAGGAAUGACAUUUAAAAAUGAAGAUGGUGAUUUUGAAGAACUAGAGAUAACACCUGUAUCCAGUCCUCCUGAACUACCCGCUCAGAUGAAACAGCAAGAAUCUCCUGUCGCAGGAUCUUAAGUCUACAACCCGAUGCUUGACAAUCAACUUUUGUAUUUAUUCUUUUAUGGGAUUGUUUUAAGAGCAUGAUAA